AUGAUGUUCGCCGACGAUGAGAACCCUGCUCCCUUGAAUAAAGGGAGCACCAAGGGGCUAGUAAAGAUCAAGAAGCCGGCGUACAGCAGGGACGACGUGUCGCUGAAGGCCGACGAGGUGACGGCGGUGGUAGAGCUGAACGCCGCGCCCAGCGCCGUGGUGAGGGAGGGGCUGGACCUGGUGGUGGUGCUGGAUGUGAGCGGCAGCAUGGCGGAGGAGAAGCUCGUCAGCAUGAAGCAGGCGAUGCAGUUCGUGAUCAUGAAGCUCACCCCGGUGGACCGUCUCUCCAUCGUCACCUGCAACAACAGCGCCAAACGGCACUGCCCGCUGCGCUCCAUGACGGAGGAUGCCCAGAAGGACCUCAAGGCCGUCGUCGACGGCCUGGAGGCCUACGGCGGGUCUAACAUCAAGAGUGGUCUCGAGACCGCGCGGGCAAUCUUCGACGGCCGCAAGAUCGUAAAAUCCCGCAGCGCCAACGUCUUCCUCCUGUCCGACGGUCUGCAGACCGCCAAUGAAGCCAGGGAGACCGAUCUCGGCAGCGCGGGCGUCUACACGUUCGGUCUCGGCAAGGACUCAGAUCACCAGCUGCUCAACGACAUCGCCAAGAAAUCCCCCGGCGGGACGUUCAGUACCGUGGUGGACGGGUCGAACCUGACCAAGCCAUUCGCCCAGAUGCUGGGUGGCCUCCUCACCGUGGUCGCGCAGGACGUGCGGCUCAUCCUCACACCCAAGAAAGCGGACGGCCUGAAGGAUAUAGUGGUGCCCGAAGACACCGACUACACCAAGACCACGGACGCCGCCGGCGUCAUCACCAUCCACUUCGGCACCCUCUUCAGCGGAGAGUCGCGCAAGGUCACCGUCAAGAUGACGCUCUCGGAGUGCGCCGUCGGCACGACGCGGCACGACGCGGUCUUGGCCGAGGCCCAGCACAGCUACAGCGCCCAGUCGAUUGUGCAGGGUCUCCAAACCCCCGAGAACCUCAAGAUCUUCCGCACCCCGAACCCAGCCACCGUCGCCGGCAGCAAGGCGCGUUGGGUGCUGGCCGAGCUGGCGCGGCGGCGGCAGGCUGAGGCGAUCAGGAAGGCCAUGGCCCUGGCGGACAACGGUGACCUCGACGGGGCGCGCUACUUGCUUGUAGACGCGCAGAAUGCACUGGAGGACGUCUUGCUGGACGACGGCCAGAAGCUGAUCGACUCGCUUCGCGCCGAGCUCGUGCAGCUCAUCAAGCUCAUGGCCUCCAAGGAGCUCUACGAGGCGCAGGGCCGCCCCUACGCGCUCGCCUCCGAUACCUCCCACGCCCGCCAGCGGUUCGCUGACAGGGGAGACGUCACGGACACCGUCCGCCUCUUCGCCACGCCGCGCAUGGACACCUACCUCGAGCAGGCCAAGCAGUUCGACAAGGACCCCACCAAGCCGCUGCCCUCCGCCGCCGAUGACGUCAAGGAAGAGAUCGCCGCCAACCCCAUGGCCGCCUUCUCCUCCGAGCUCGCCUUUUACCUCCGGAACGCAAUCGAGGCUCUGCAGGCCAUCGAGAAGAUGGUAGCCGCCCCCACCGCCACCGCCUAG